AUGGGAAUUCCCCCCGGCGCAACGGCGCGGGAAGAACGACAUAAAUCCAUCUCCCCUCUCCCAUCGCCGGCCCGGCUCUCCAUCCCUUUCUGUCGACACCCAUCCCAGCAAUGUCCUCCAGACGAGCCGAGCGCGUCCCGCUCCUCGACGACGACGAAGACGAGGACACCCGCUCUCCCUCCAUUCGUCCCGCGACAUCGCCCUUGGUACACCCAACGCCGAUCCCAGCUUCUGCUGGCCUUCCUGGCUGCCCUGAUCUUCCUCGCCAUCACCCCAUUUGUGCUCCAUGCCCAUCUCGACUCGAUCGACCAUCCUCCGACCCUGAGCUCGCUCGGUCUCCCCGAAGAGGCCUUCGAAGCCGGCCUGCGUCGCUGCCUUGCUCUUGAUCCUGCCCAGAAGCAGAUCCAGGACAGGCUCGCCGAGCCCCGUGCCUCCAACCCUCGCUUCCCGGCCGACAGCAAGCCCACCUCCCCCAAGGAUGGUGGCGCCCUCGUCAUCAAAAACGCCCUGAUCUGGGAUGGCGAUGGCAACGUCAUCCAUAACGCCACCCUGGCUCUCUACCGUGGUCUGAUCCAGGCCGUCAACCCCAGCACCGACGAGCUGCAUCACUUUGUCCAGUCCCUGCAAGACGACGAACCCGUUGCUUAUCUCGAUGUCGAGGGUCGCUACGUCACCCCGGGUAUCGUUGAUCAGCAUUCCCACAUUGGCACAGACUCGUGGCCAUCGCUCUGGGGUCAUUCCGACACCAACGAAAUGAGCGGACCCACGCUGCCGCAGAUGCGCUCGCUUGACUCGUUCAACUCCUUUGACGACGCCAUCGGCGUUGUUCAUUCGGGCGGUGUCACCACCUCGCUUGUCCUUCCUGGCUCCGGAAACCUCAUGGGCGGCGAGGCAUACGUCUUCAAGCUCCGCCGCACUCCCAGCAACAACUCCGAGGAAAUGCUCAUCAACUACAAUAUGAAAUCCGGCGACGGAAAGCAAUGGCGAUGGAUGAAAAUGGCUUGCGGCGAGAACCCCAAGCGCUCCUAUGGCCCGCGCACCAUGCCCUUCUCCCGUAUGGGCGAGGCUUGGCUCUUCCGUGAAAAGUUCGAGGCCGCCCAAAAGCUCAAGGAUGUCCAGGACGACUGGUGCGCUGUUGCCUCCGAGGCUCGCCGCCGCUUCGGACGAUCGGCCCACCGCGUCGUCAGUUCGCGCUUCCCCGAGGACCUCAAGCUCGAGAGCUUGGUUGCUCUCCUUCGCGGCGAUGUCGGCCUCAACGUCCACUGCUACGAGACUCAUGACCUCCAAAUGAUGAUUCGCAACUCGCACGAGUUUGGCUUCAAGAUCCGCACGUUCCACCACGCAACCUCCGCCUGGCUCCUCGGCACUGAGCUGGCCAAGGAAAACAUCUCCGUGGCUAUCUUUUCUGAUCACUGGGCAUACAAAACCGAGGCGUACCAAGGCUCGCUCCACGCCGGCAAGAUCCUGGCUGACCACGGCGUCCAAGUCGCCUACAAGAGUGACCAUCCCGUCCUCAACUCGCAGCACCUUCUCUAUCAAGCUGCCAAGGGACACCACUUUGGCUUGCCCGCACACUUGGCCUUUGCGGCGGUCACUUCGGUGCCGGCCGAUCGCCUGGGUCUUGGCUGGCGAAUCGGUCGACUCAAGCCCGGAUACGAUGCCGAUGUUGUUGUCUGGGACAGAAACCCCCUGGAGCUUGGCGCUCAUCCUCUCAGGGUCUACACCGAUGGCUUCGAGACUUUCUCGCUCGACUUUACUCCUCCUCCGAGCUCCCUCGAGGUGAUCAAGCCCCAGAUGACGGUCCGUCCGUCUAGCACCUCGUGCCAGCCCCAGUCCUCCCACUACAGCUUGGUCAACAUUGGGCGCCUCUAUGCCAACGAAUCCACUGUCCUCCGGGAUGCAGUUGUGGUGACUGUGGAUGGAGUCAUCACCUGCCUCGGCCGCAAGAACGACUGCAAGCUCGAAGGCGAUGUCUACGAUCUCAAGGGUGGCGUCGUGAUCCCGGGCAUCAUUGCCGCAAACGUCCGAACUGGCUUGGAGGAGAUUCCUUCUGAGAGCGAUACCAAGGAUGGCGAGUCGACGGGCUACCCCUUCGAAGAGCGAUCUCAGUGGCUCCGCGCCGUUGACGGUCUCACACUCGGUGACUCCAAGGUUAGGACGGUCUUGCGGAACGCUGGCAUUUUGACUGCCGUUACUGCUCCGGAGGCUCCCGGUGUCUUCCAGGGCCUGAGCGUCGCCUAUCGAACCACAACCGAGAACCUUGUUGGCUCUGUUGUUCAAGAGGAAGCUGCUGUCCACGCCCGCAUCGGCAACGCAGCCAAGGUCGACGGGCCAGAGGGCUCUGUUACGGGACAGAUUGCCAAGUUGCGUCGCGUUUUGGAGAAGGGCAACAACCCACUGGAGCGAGUCCAGAGCGGCCAGCUGCCGUUCCUCAUCGAGGCGCACUCCGCGAGCGACAUUCUCCGCAUCAUUGCUCUCAAGAAGGCCGAGGAGACCAAGAAACCCGAAGCACCGGCGAUCACAAACUGGGUCAUCGUCGGCGGUGCUGAGGCCUGGUCUGUUGCCGCCGAGCUUGCCGAGGCCCAGGUCAGCGUGAUCUUGCAGCCCGCCCGCUGCACACCCGGCCAGUGGGAGACUCGCAAGUGCCGCCCAACCGGCAGCCGCCCGACGGGGCCCGAGAUCCUCAAGCAGCACCAGGUCAACUUUGUUCUCGCUAGCGUUGACAUGGCGCACGAGCUCAUCUGGGAAGCCGGCUGGGUCAAGGGCGACUCGACCCUGAACCUCUUUAGCGACAUUGACGCCAUCGGACUGGUCACUUGGAAGGUUGCCGAUGUCUUUGGCCUCGGCAACGCCACAGCUCUCAACCAGAGCGUUGGCCGCAUUGUCCCGGGCUUCCGCAACCAGCUCAUUGCCUUCAACGGCGAUCCUCUCCAACUCAAGAGCGAGAUCCAGAUCAUUGCCGACGGCACCUCUCUGCAGUGCUUCCCCCAGCAAGUCUGAGGACUGACCCCCCCCCUCGGGCUUUGUCACAGGCAAAGACAAAGCAAGGGGAGAGAGCAGAGGAGAGCAUUUCCGCUGGUUGUCGAGGCACUAUCUUCCUGUGCUCCUCCUGGGUUCACUCUCUCUCUUUGCACGAUUCAACGGCCUCGUAAUUUGGGUACAAUACUCCCUCGCCUACCGCCUGCACCCCCCCCCCUCUUUACACACAACGACAAUACGAAAUAAACCCCUGCAGACGGCAAUUGAGACACA